ACUGGGAAACAUCCAAACACGCUUAUUCGCACACAUACACUACAACCAAUUUAGUUUAUUCAAUUAACUGUGGGUGAAAACCGGAGGACACCCACACGAACACUGGGAGAACAUGCAAACCCCACACAGAAAUGCCAACUGGCCCAGCCGGGACUCAAACCAGCGACCUUCUAACCACUGAGCCACCGUGCCGCCCGUUUUUGAACAGUAUUCCUUCAUUCUUUGAUGUUCUCAUUUUCACAGCUAUUCUCUAGUAGCCAAUAGUCUUUCCCCUAGCGCCGUGACGUCACGACAGUCCGCUGCUCCUUAGAAUAAAACCAAGUGCGGAGGUCAAACCGGAGCAGGACUGCAAAAUGUUAGAUUCUCUCGCCUUGCUGUUGGAGAAAACCUUCCUUCUAGCGCAUUUCAACUUUUUUAGCACCACUUCCACUAAGCAAGAGAGAUGCACGAAGCGACGCGAGGAGAGCACUUAUUUCCAGCGCGGGGAUCUGUUGGAGGUUCCGCGCACUUUGUUCACUCAUUUUGGCAUUUACCUCGGCGAUAACAAAGUCGCACACCUUAUGCCUGAUAUACUGCCGGUGCUGACGAGCAACAAAAGUCACCUCCAGAAUGUAGUGACGAACAAGAGACUGCUACUCGGUGUGCUCUACAAGUACGCCUCAGUACGGGUGGACACGGUGGAGGACUUCGCCUACGGGUCCAGUAUUUUGCUCAACACGAUGGACACUACCUUGAGAAAACAGCCGCUGGCCGCUGAGGAGGUCGCCAGAAGAGCCGAAAAACUUGUCGGUCAUUUUCCUUACAGUCUUAUGUGGAAUAACUGCGAACAUUUUGUCACUUACUGCCGCUACGGGACAGCGGUGAGCCUGCAGACGGACCAGUUCUGCGAAAGUUUAAAGUCAAUAAUCCGGGACCAGAGGAGCAUUUUCCUGACCACUGUCAUCGGGAUGCUUUCCAUGUUUUUUGUUGGAAUAGCGCCGUCGACCGCACUUCCGACUUUCCUCAUUCCCUUCAUCUUGUGGAUGGCUGGAUAAUGCAGAGACUGAACACAUAUACUGUAUGAACUAUUUAACGUAUCAAAGUUUGUAUUUUUGGCUUUAUCAUAGAGAGUCACUGCAAGAUUUAUUGCAAGUUGACGAUUGUAUUUUUCCCACGCAAUUGAUAACUUAAUCUUUUUCAUCCUUUAUACCUUUAUAUAUUAACAUUUAUUUUGUACAUUUUUAUGAUCGUUUUUUAAAACAUACUGUACUAUAUUAACAACAUAAUAAAUGUCAUUUAAGUGA